CAAGCGGAAUUGUCAACACGGCACCGCUAAUGUGCACUGCUGUAAAUAAAGCGUUAAGGCAAUAUUUGUAAUUCCUAAAUGAAGUGGACAGUGAUCCUAUUGUUACUUCUGUAGAAUUUAAGUGAAUUCCGUUCACAAAGUUGACAAUAUUAGAACCGAAUGUUAAGACAAAGUUUAAGAUAAAGCAGAAGUACUUGAGAACUAAAACUAUUGUGUUUGAUGUAGGUAGGAAGGUGGAAAAGUGAAAGAAAUUAAACAUGCUAACAGAGUAAAAUGAGUUUGAUAAUUGGCGAGGGCAGCGGAAACGUACAAGGAAAAAUAGAAGCACUUAAUCUGUUAGAUAAAUAAAAUCAAGUAUUCAAAUACCUCUUAAUAAAAAAACGCCAAAAAAGGAACGGAAGAACGCAACGACAUAUGAUAUAUAAAUUGAACAAAAGAAAUCCCAGAACAGAACGGACGGACGGAAGGGAGGAUGUCGGAUUCAGCGGAGUACGUGGCCAUGCGUAGACGCAUGAGCCGGCUACGCGUCAAGUGUGGGAAAAACGCUUCCAUGGAAGCCGAGGACGCAUCGGAGGGCGGAGACCCGGGAUUCCGUGACCUGGUCAAAUACUGGAAGAAACAUGGCAUCCCCAUACCGGAAGCCCUUCUAUCUGACAUGGCAGAUGAAAAUGUCAAACAAGCCAGAGCCCGUGGUAAGGGCAGACGUCGGUCAAAGGAACUAGAGGACCUUCACUUGUGCGCAUCCACUGGCAAGUUACACACCGAUAAACUUCACGAUGUCGCCGAGGAGGACGACAGUGCCACAAAGGCGACCAAGCCGACUGCAAAGAAACCCUUAUACCGCCGACAAACUGAUGCGCAGAUUGGUAGCAAAACGCGCGAAAGUUCACUUGGUAGCAAACCGCGCGAAAGUUCACUGAAAAAGUCAGGUUCCAAAAGCUCACUUGGUAGUUCCACAAAUAGUCCAAGGACAUCAAAGAAACCGAUUGCAAAGACAAUAUCUAGCAAUAAAUGAUAAAUUUAUAAAUUGUUGUGAAGUAUGUUCAAAAAAGGUUAUUGUUUGUUUUUAUUAUUAUUUGUAUUAUUAUUAUUAUUAUUAUUAUAAUUAUUAUUAUUAUUAUUAUUAUUAUUAUUAUUAUUAUUAUUAUUAUUGUUGUUGUUGUUGUUGUUGUUGUUGUUAUUAUUAUUAUAGUAUACUUAGUCAAUGAUCAGUAUUUGUUUAAUAAUGACCGUCUUUUCAUACGUGUGUUUGAUUAUUUGUGUCUGAUAUCAUUCGUCAUCUGCGUGUCUAUUUAUCACAGAAGGUUAAUUUAAUAGGAAAUAGUAUCACUUUCAUUUUUUAACAUUUAUAAAUAUGGCGAAAUCAAACUCAGCCAAAAAUAACAGGAAUCUAUUCAAAACAAAGUAACUUUAUUCUAUACCUUCUUCGUUAAAAAAAACACAUCUGUUAUAAAACUCGUUGUAAAUUACAUUUUACAUUUUAAUAACACACUAUUUCGUUUACUUACGUCAUUUCAACAAUUCGUAAUGAUACAUUUUAUAACGUGACGUCAUCUGAAUGGAAAUACGGCCGUACGAUAAAAAGUGGAAUACGGAUAAAGGUAGUCAAUGCGAUAUGUAUCAAAGUACUGGAAGCAAUGCUGUAAGGCGCUUUUUAUCAACAAGCAGUGUUACAAAAUAUCCUCGAGGAUGUAUUUCGGUGUAAAAUAAAUACCAUAUCAAGAUGAUGAUCUGUAUGUUCACAGUAGUGGAUAAGGAUAUAUCAAUUAACGGUGAAGGAAGAAAUAUUUUCAAAUGAAUGUGUGUAAAAAUAAUUAUGACUAUUAUCAAAACUGUUACGGUUGUAGGAAACUCUUUUUUUUCAAAUCAGAGCAUCUUCUGUUUGUAUGGAUUAUUAUAUAUGUAAUCAAGUAAUCAUUCGUUGACAUACUGUGGCCGCCAUUUUGUCUAAAGCUAGUUAUAAUAAUCGGUCAAAUCGUACGGAAAAAAAAUGUGUAUACGUUUAAACGUCCAAUACAUUGAUAACGCAACAUAAUGAAGAGAUUCUGCGAUGUAAGUAUAAUACACAUCCUUGGUGUGAGGGCAAUGUUUGGGGGUGUUUUUUAGAGUUUAUUAUACGUAAAAGAACAGUAGCAUAGUAGUUGCAUAUAUUGAGUACCGUGUAAUAACGUGUUUUUUUUCCUCUGUCUCACACCUAAAGGUCACGCUCUGAAAUAACCGAAUUGUCAUUGAAAACAACGACUUAAAAUCAUUGCAAAAUGUCUCCAUUUAAUUGAGAAUGCGGCAGCUGCGUACAGUACUUGUAAAAAUAUGACCAAAAAAUAGUAAAAUGUUUAAAUGAUGAUAAAAAAUACAUGAUGAAUCGAGGGAAGCAACGCGUGACCUACUCGAACUCCCGAGCACUUCGGUUUGGACGAAAAACACACUCGUUACAUUCGGAAAUUUUCAAGCUCUGUAUUCGAGUAUGUCUUUCAUUUGCUUAUGUCGGUUUGCAGCAUUCGCGGCCUGUCGGCAAUAAAAGUAUCUCCUAAACCUACGACAAAAAUAGGUUUUAGCAUAUCAUUAAGUAGUGACUUGGCAUAUAAACCGUGACGGUAGAUGAAACGGGAAUCUUACUCAUACGCAGUUCUAUUAAAUUGUAUUGAUCGCUUUAUGUAGAUAUAUAUUUUAUUUUUUUCUUAUUCGAUUAAAAUGAAACUGUGGUAAAUAAUAAAUAUUAAUAUUAAUAUAGUGUUUAAAGUGAAUCAAAGUAGU